AAAUAUUACUCUCUCUUAUGCGCUUGUUCUCUGCCUUCUUAGUUGUCAUGCAUGACGGAACAAUAUUUUACCUACCUUUAGUAGCUCAUGCUUUAUUAAUUGCGAGACUAAACCAAACCUAAAUCAAAUGAAACCAAAUCAAAAUAAUAAUACAUUGUGUUGAGCUUUAUAAAUAGUUUUCCUAAGAGUUUUCAUAAUGGUCCAUAGAAUUCUUCUAUUUUUUGUAGCUUGCCUAUUGCUAUUAGUGAGCUUACCUUUGUACAAUUCCAUGCGAGAUAGAAAACAAUGUUCUAAGGUUUUCUUAGUCUACUUGUCAUGAGCACCAUCCCAGAUAUUGGAUAAUGUAUGGAGAAAAUUUAAAGUCUCAAAUGACCUUAAACCUUCAUACAACAAAAGUUAGUACAAAAUUAGCAAUAUGUACUACCUUAAUAAAUCCCUUUGCCGAGUAUGCACUUAUUACUUCUCCCAUUGCUAGAUCUAUUGAGGAUAGAUUUCAUUCCGACAACAGCCGAUAUCUUAGUAUCCUAAUCAGAACCUCAACACUGCUCCAUUCUGUUUGCACUGGCCCAAAAAGAGCUCAUAUGGGCUAAUUCGGAUUUUUGAGCCCAAAAGCCAUCAACUAUCCUUUUGUUUCUAUCUUAACUUAAUAGUAAUUAUCUUUUUUAGUCAUUAUCUUAUUUUUAGUCAUUAUCUUAAUUAUUUAGUUUAGUAUUAUCUAAAUAAGAGAUUGUAUCUCACUAGACUAGGUUUUCUAUUUUAGGGUUUGUCCCCUAUAAAUAGCUAGCUUUAGGUUUGUAUUAACUACAACUCAAAUCAAUCAAACAAAUACAACUUCAAAACCCUGUGCUUUUCUAUCCCCAACCUCCGCGGUUGGUUAAUUUAGGAGUAGUUUUCAGUAUUAAUCUCGCCUGAGUUCAUAGCUCCCAGAUUAUUACUAUUAGAUCACGUGGUUAAGUGUCUUUAACCAAACAACACACUUUUCUGACUAAAUUUCGGUCUAAAGCAUACUUCCAUACAGAACCCAUCUAUAAAUUCAAAGAUUCGAGUUUGGAAAUAUUUUCCUGCGAACAUCUUUUGGCGACUCCACUGGGGACGUGUUGUGGUCGACACAAGGACUGCAUUUAAGAAGGAAAGUGUCAAAUUCAGACUCUUUGCAAGCUGUGGUGCGAUCAUAGUUUUGAUCAAAGCAUGUCUUAUUAUUCGAGUCAACUAUCGGUGAUCAUAGAGAAUAUGAGAGCCGAACGUGCUGCUAUCCAAAGGGAGAUCAUGGCCGAUUUUAAUAAAUUAAAUUCGGCUAUAAAUAAUCUUGCUAAGGUGUUAGGAGGCGAACAGAUCAAAGAGCCAGCCUAUGACUACGAGAUCACCGAGUUUUCUUUAAUCUCUACUGGAGAGAUUGAUAGUGUUGAUGAAAUCCACACCGAUGAUGACAUCAACGCCGAUCUUGACGUUAGUGAUACUGAGACCGAAGAAGCUUACAUCAAUGAUGAUCCUAAUAUUAGUAUUAACCUUGAUGAUAUCAAGGAUGAUAUUUCUAGGCAAGUCAACGAUACUGGGGGGCAUGGGCGAUCUCCAUUCCUUUUAAGGGGUCAAAUCCCAUCGGAUUUUGUACAAACCGAUAUUGCUGAUGAUAAAAACACCGAGAGGCAAGGCCGAUCACCAUUCGCCUUGAUAAGUCAUGCUGAAUCGAUUGUUAAGAAUCUACCAAGGUAUGUGUCGCGGUCAAUGAUUCAUGGAAAAUGGAAUGAAAUUUUUAGUCAAGGUACAACUUACUUUUUACUAUAUUUUUGGUCAAAAAUUCAAUAUAUGAAAGAACAUAUUAAGCCGAUUUAUAAUAAAAAGUUUCGCUUUAAAUUUUGGACGAUCUAUUUAAAACAACCACGAAGGAAAAGAAAAGGUUGAUCGUCUAAAAUUGAAAGUAAGCCGAUCACAAUAUUACAAAUUGGUUGAUGUUGUGUUAAGUGAUCGGUUAAAAAAUAAGCGAAGGUGGCCGAUCAACAAUGACGUUAUUUUUAAAAAAUUAAAUUGAUCGGCCAAGUGACGAUCAAUGCAUUUUAAGAGUCCAAAUAUGCCGAUUCAAUGGGUUAAAAAAGUGGUUCAGUGACAUUGUGAAUCGGCCAAUUAAAUUAUUUGUGGAAUGGGAAAAGCUAAUAUGGUGACAUGGCGAUUAAAAAGAGAUUCAGAGUUCAAAAGUAAGGGUUGCUUCGGAGAUCAAAGACACGCGAUAAAAAUACGUCUUCUCACCUUACUUGACAUUCAGCUAAAAAGACGUGGGGGGCAUUGUUUGCACUGGCCCAAAAAGAGCUCAUAUGGGCUAAUUCGGAUUUUUGAGCCCAAAAGCCAUCAACUAUCCUUUUGUUUCUAUCUUAACUUAAUAGUUAUCUUUUUUAGUCAUUAUCUUAUUUUUAGUCAUUAUCUUAAUUAUUUAGUUUAGUAUUAUCUAAAUAAGAGAUUGUAUCUCACUAGACUAGGUUUUCUAUUUUAAGGUUUGUCCCCUAUAAAUAGCUAGCUUUAGGUUUGUAUUAACUACAACUCAAAUCAAUCAAACAAAUACAACUUCAAAGCCCUAUGCUUUUCUAUCCCCAACCUCCGCGGUUGGUUAAUUUAGGAGUAGUUUUCAGUAUUAAUCUCGCCUGAGUUCAUAGCUCCCAGAUUAUUACAAUUAGAUCACGUGGUUAAGUGUCUUUAACCAAACAACACACUUUUCUGACUAAAUUUCGGUCUAAAGCAUACUUCCAUACAGAACCCAUCUAUAAAUUCAAAGAUUCGAGUUUGGAAAUAUUUUCCUGCGAACACAUUCUUUGCCUAUGUAAUGGCUUUGAUUGGAUCUUUGUUGAGUGUUUCGGGUUCGAUGCUAUUAUCGUGUCUUUGCUACCUGAAGAUUAACAGAGCUGCAGGACAUUUAGGGUUUGAGAUGGUACUCAUAGCUGGAAUAUUAAUUUCUGGAUCCUUGGUUGGGGUAGUAGGUACAUACACAGCUCUCAAGCAAAUUAUAACUCAUUUGUAAUACAUAAUUUGACGUUUACACGCAUUGUAAUUGUUUUGUAACUAUUAAUUUAGAGUUUUUUUUUUUUGAAACUGAUUACUUUGGAGUUGAAUCGGAUGUCUUAAUUAAGAAUUAAUGAAAUAUUUAUUGAUUGGUUA